CGGAUGACUGGCGGGUUCUCAGCAGGAUUGUAAUGGUGAUAUCAAUGUAAACACACAGCUUCUCUACUUGGAUGACAGCGAAAACAAUGAAUGACAUUACGCAAUCUCAGGCAAGUCAGGAGCUCUUAUCGCACUCCCGCUGGGAGGAGGAGGAAUUGAUAGAGGGGUCUUAAGAUCCUAGAUAGAUAAUACCACCAUCUGAUAAGGUCGUACGCGAGAGCGCCGUCGAUAGAUAAUAUUUAGAGCGGGCAAUUCCGGAGAUAAUCUGGAACCCAGAACCUUAUAUAAAGACGGAUCCGUGGCCGUGAUGAGCUUAAUCGUGAUUCUCCGCUGCCGGGAGCCGGAAAGUGAAUACUAAUUAGUGUGGUUCCAGUGAUUCGAGGAUUCCUCCCAAAAAUGUCCUCGCUUUUGAACGCCACCAUUGUGGCAACCGCUGCCACCGUUGUGGCUCCCGACUCCCAGUUCAUUUUCAACUCCACGGACUACGCCGUUUUCGCCCUGAUGCUGAGCAUCUCCGCCGCCAUCGGAGUUUACUUUGGAUUCUUCGCCACGGGUGCGGACACCACGGAGGAGUAUCUGAUGGGCGGCAAGCGGAUGAAGACGAUUCCCAUUGCCAUCUCCCUGGUGGCCAGCCAAUUGUCGGCCAUCUCCAUCAUGACCAUUCCGGCGGAAAUGUAUGCCUACGGAAUCAAUUGGUUUUUCAAUGUGGUUUGCAUGAUUGUAGUGGUUCCCCUGCUAAAUUACGUGGUGAUCCCUGUCUUCUAUAACAACAAUAUCACAAACUGCUACGAGUACUUGGAAAUGCGUUUCUGCCGGGAGGUGCGCGUGAUGCAGACUUUCAUCUUUAUAAUGACCAUGUUCUUCAUGCUGCCCAUCUUUAUUUUCCUGCCUUCACUGGCUUUUGCUCAAGUGACUGGAUAUAAUGUGCACAUCAUCAACACCGUUGUCUGCAGCAUCUGCGUAUUCUACACCAUGUUUGGAGGAAUCAAGGCCGUAGUAUGGACCGAUGUCAUCCAAGCUGCCAUUAUGGUGGUUUCAGUCGUUCUGGUGGGCGUUAUGGGCGCCAAUCGAGUGGGUGGCCUCUCCGAAGUCCUGCGCAUUGCGGGUGAGGGUGGACGACUGGACAUCAACUACAACUUCGAUCUGACCACGCGCUCCACCAUCUGGAACAUCUUCGCAUCGGCAACGAUUAUGUGGUCUGGCUACGUGGGUCUCAACCAGAGCUGCGUCCAGCGAAUUGUCUCCCUGCCAUCGCUGGGUCACGCCAGGCGAUCCCUGGUGCUCUUCGGCUUCGGCUUCAUCCUGAUCAUGUUCUUCAACUGCUUCACGGGCAUUGUGAUCUACUCGCGCUUCCACGACUGCGAUCCCAUUGAGUCGGGCCAUGUCUCCAAGGUGGACAAGAUGGUUCCCUACUUCGUCCAGGACACCGUGGGCCAUUUGUGGGGCAUGCCGGGUGUCUUCAUCUCCUGCGUGUUCAGUGCUGCCCUCAGCACCUUGUCCGCCAGCAUCAAUUCCUUGGGCGGAGUGGUGUACUUCGACUACAUUAAGCCCCACAUUCGACACACGGAGCACCGGGCCAAUGUGAUCAUGAAGCUGUUUGUUCUCUUCGCCGGAAUCUACUGCAUCUUUGGUGGCAUGGUGGUGGAGAACUUCAACUCGAUUCUGCAGGUGAUCUAUUCGAUUGGAGGCGUUAGCUUUGGUUCUACAUGCGGUGUUUUCAUGCUGGGAAUGUUAAUUCCAAAGUCCCAUAGCAAGGCCGCCUUGACUGGAGUGUUGGCUAGCAUCGUCUGCAUGGCUUCCAUUGUGAUUCUCAGCUGGGGUCGCAACCACUACGAUCCUCUGCCCACUAGCACCGCUUCCUGCCCAGCUACAUCUUUAAAUGGAACCCUUACCAGCACAGCUUCCACCCUGCUACUAAAUUCCACAACAGAGGCACCUGUGAAAGACGAGGGAUUCAGCAUUCUGGAUCUCACUUUCAACUUGUACACCGUGAUGGGCUUCGUCAUCACCUGGCUGGUGGCCAUUCCCCUGAGCUACAUCCUGAAGCCCAGAUCCGAUUACAAACUAGAUCCCAAGCUUCUGUCGCCCGUGGUGCAGCCCUUCGUCCACUACAAACCAACUCCAACGGAAGAGCCCCACCAGCUGAAGCUAGAGAAGCCCGAAAAGGUCUAAAGGAUAACUGGGCCACCUAUUCAGGAUAAGAUAUGCUUUAUAAGCAUAGAUAUAUUAUAAGAUAACCUCACUAAAAAGCAAAGCUUUCUUAAAUCUGUUUACUGUAUUGUCGAGUCCUUAAAUGUUAACUUAAUUUUUGUUAAUUUAAUCACUACAUAAAAUAAAGCUUAUUGAGUAGAUUACUUUUGUUGAAA